AGUCCAGACUAGAAAAUCUACCUCGCACCUUACUUUGUCAUCGUUCCACCAUCAAACCCACAGGCAGCGCAGGGGACGGGCAUGGCUCAGCCUGCCGUCCUGUUCAUGGCCAUCGUUGCCAUACUUCUCGCGCCCAGAGCCGCCGGAUAUCCGUGGGCAGUCUGCGGCAACACCGGCAGCUUCGCAGCCAACGACAGCACGUACCUGGCGAGCCUGAAAAGCGUCGCCGCCACCCUCCCCGGGAAUGCCUCAGCCUCCCCGGGCCUCUACGCAGCAGCGCAGGCAGGCCAGGUCUGGGUCCUUGGGCUGUGCCGCGGCGACGUGAAAGCCACCUCCUGCUCCGCCUGCCUGGCGCAGGGAUUCCAGGACCUGCCGAGCGCGUGCGCCUACAGCAAGGACGCCACGAUGUACUACGAGACCUGCUUCCUCCACUACUCCAACCUCCACUUCCGCGUCUCCGACGAAACCGAGUUGAGAUCGGUGUUCCCCGUCAUCUACAGCGCUAACGCCACGGCGGAGGAGCCGGACCGGUUCGCCGGCGUCGUGGCGGCGCUCCUGAACGCCACCGCGGACUACGCCGCGUACAACUCCUCCAGGACCCGGCCGUACGCGUCCGGGUUGGUCCGCUUCAGCCGCGAGAUCCCCGAGGUGUACAGCUGGGCGCAGUGCACACCGGGCCUCACGCCGGCGCGGUGCCGGGAUUGCCUCUCCAACAUGAUGCAGCUGGGGAUGCCGCUGUACAGUGUCGGGGCGAGGCUUCUUGGGAUUAGGUGCAGCUUCCGCUACGAGACCAAGCCCUUCCUUGACGGCCCGGUGAUGGUGCGGCUACCAGCAACCUCGGCCGGCACUGGAGCUCCGGCCCCCGCGCCCGAGUCGUUGCCGACGCCAGCACCGACACCCGCGCCGGCUAUGGUGACACCGGUGGCGGCGGUCGGAGGAGGGAGAAAGUACAGCGUUCCAGGCAUGGUUCUUAUAAUUGCGCUGCCUACUCUAGCAGCCGCAAACCUUAUCGCUGCCUUCAUUAUAUGGAGGAAGAGGCAGCGGUCCCCAGCACAAGCGAAAGAGAAGCAACCAUAUUCCAGUUACCCUACCGAAGCCGAUGACACUGAGAGUGUAGACUCAAUGCUGAUGGACAUUUCGAUUCUGAGAACCGCAACCGGGGACUUCGCGGAAAGCAAAAAGCUCGGUGAAGGCGGAUUUGGCGCGGUGUUCCAGGGUACUCUGCCAGACGGCGAAGAGAUAGCGGUGAAGAGACUGUCAAAGAGCUCGACGCAAGGAGUGGAGGAGCUCAGGAACGAGCUGGCCCUAGUCGCGAAGCUCAAGCACAAGAAUCUCGUCAGGCUUGUGGGCGUCUGCCUGGAGCAGCAGGAGCGGCUUCUUGUCUACGAGUUCGUCCCCAAUCGGAGCCUCGACAAGAUCCUAUUCGACGUCGAGAGACGGGAGCAGCUUGACUGGGGAAAGAGGCUGAGGAUCAUACGCGGGGUCGCUCGAGGUCUGCAGUACCUCCAUGAAGACUCCCAGCUCAAAGUAGUCCAUCGAGAUCUCAAACCCAGCAACGUGCUUCUUGACGCCGGCAUGAACCCCAAGAUCUCUGACUUUGGCCUCGCGAGGCUUUUCGGACGAGGUCAGACGCAGGGCGUCACCAGUCGUGUCAUCGGCACAUACGGAUACAUGGCCCCCGAGUACGUGAUGGGCGGGAACUACUCGGUGAAAUCGGACGUAUUCAGCUUCGGGGUCAUGGUUCUGGAGAUCCUGACGGGGAGCAAGAGCAGCGACACCACGCAGUCUCAAGAUCUCUUGACCAUGAUCUGGGAGCAUUGGACAGCUGGAACGGUAUUAGAGGAGAUGGACCCGCGCAUGAACAGCAGCUUCUCGGAGAGCGACGCGAUGAGGUGCAUCCAGGUUGGACUCAUGUGCGUCCAGGAGAACCCGGUGGAUCGGCCAGUGAUGUCGGAGGUGGGCAUGAUGCUUGGAAGCCACACAAUAUCUCUCGGUGCCCCCAUCAAAAAGCCGCCCUCCUAAAGAGGUUCGGUAUCCAGACCGCUCCAACAACGAUCAGGACGCUGGCAAAGAAGUCGGUCUAUUUACUGAAGAUUAACUGUAUAAUUGCGCACCUUUCUUCAGCGGUUUGAUCUUUUGGUGUGACUAGUUAGUAUCACUAUGUUCCAUAUUAUAGAAUACUGCUAGCUAAAUACCUGUACGUUGCUACGAGAUAAAUUAUUGUAUCUUCUUUUAA